CUUUCUCUAUUGCAGCUUCCUGCUUUCUGCUCGUCCGUAACACUCUGUAAAACAUUUCUAAUAUACUUUAUAUACAAAAUACUUUAUAUAUAAUAUACUUUAUAAUAUUCUGUGUGUGUGUGUGUGUGUGUGUUUUCAGGACAAACAAAGUGUUUUAUAAUCUUCUCUGGAGCUUUCCUUGAGCGCGCUGAGCUGCAGGAGGUGUUUUGUAUGCAGCUGAUGUCAGAUGGCAGAAACCGACCUGAUGUCUGCAGCUCUCACCACGAAGCAGCUGCAGCAGAAAUUGUCAUCAGAGAAAAAGAGCGAGCGUCCGGUCCUCUUGCUGUUUGAGAUCCCGUCCGCUCGAGUUGUAGAAAACCAGCUGUCGAAAUACGUGGUGUAUGAGGUGGUGGUGAUGCUGUCGGGCAGUUUUGAUUCCCACCAUGUGUCCGUAGAGCGCCGUUACUCCGACUUCCUGCGGCUGCAGCGCCUCCUGUUGCAGGAGUUUGACUCGGCGCUGGAAGACGUUUCGCCCCCCCCCAAACUCCUGAGCGGGAACUUCUGCGCCGCUGUGUUGUCGCAGCGCCGCCUCGCCCUGCAGGACUACCUGGCUAAACUCUUCUCCACGCGCUGCGUCCGCCGCUCGCCGCUGUUCGCUGCCUUCUUCACAGAGACCGAGCAGCGGAGGGCGUUGGUGCUGCUGCGGGGGGGGCAGUUCAGGUUGGCGCUGCAGCAGCUGCAGGACGUGUUAGCGCUGCAGGAGAAGCUGCAACGCUGGCAGACCCCCGCCCUCACCGUGCCGACGCUCUGUGCCCUGGCUGUCUGUCACUGUGACCUGCAGCAGCCGCAGGAGGCGUUGGAUGCGGCGCAGAGGGCUCUGCCUGUCGCCCGGCGCUGCGGCCUGCGGAGCCACCAGGCAGCGCUGCUGCGCCUUCUGAUGGACCUGAGCUACCAGCUGGGGUGGCCUGGGGCCCGACUGCAGGACGAGCUGCAGGGACUGCAGGAUGACCCCCCCACCCUGAAGGAGCUGGUGAUCCAACAGUUCACCUGAGGGGCGAAAUGCGUGAGAUGAGAUAUAUAGAUAGAUCGAAGGAGUCCUUAACAUGAUUCAGCUCUAUGACUCCUAAACCCUGUCAUGAGUCAGAAUGAUAAGUCCUUAACUGAGAUGACUCAGCGUUUCCUUACUUCCUGUCCCCUGGUCUGGAAGUCAUGGCAUUCUGAAUGUGUUUUUGGUCAGCCUUAAAUAGGGUCUGUGGUUAACACAGAUUUUCACGUCUUGUACUGCCACAUAAAAUACGUGUACAUAUAUCGGGUUAUUUAUUAUCAUGUUUUACUACAUGUUUCAUACACAGAUAGUGUCUGAUGUUUAACAGUUUCAGCAUAACGGACAGAGAUAUAUACGAGAAGGAGUUACACUCACAUAUAUAUCUAUGUGUGUCAGUGUAUUUUACUAUCUGUAUAUGUGUGUAUUUUACACACACACACACACACACACACACACACACACAGUCAGAGUGUUAUCUGACUCUGUCUAAUAGUUUCAGGCCAGUGGAGAGAGACUCGCAUAUAAAUACUUUACAUCUACUGUAUAUGUUGGAGUGUGUGUGUGUGUGUGUGUGUGUGUACCGCUUUGAUGUUUUUCAAAUAAAUGUGUAAAUAAUUGUU